AAACUCGGUUUUGUUCUGUUAUGUAAACUCGACCCCGUUCCAGGUGAUAACUUAUAAUAGUACGUUGCACCACAAAGAAGACUCUCGCGUCAGUCGGUUUCUUUGUAUGAAAUCAAUUUCGGGGAAACCAACAGGGAAGAAAACAUGGCGAUCGCCUAACUCUUGGAAAUCACGAUACCAGAAUUGCUAUUCCGAUCAGCAGAGAUAGAUAUGCAAACUUCUUUCUUCAAUUAAAGUUUUCAUUAAGAGGACGGGAGCCUUUUCAUACGAGGGAAAGGGCAGAUGGGACACGCUUUACUAAUGAAACUGCAACGGUUAAACUUCUGAAAUCGCGUACCAAGUUUUUUUUUUCCACUCGAAUAAUAAGUACUGCAUUUCCUUUCCCAGUCGGCGCGGUGCGAGGGAGGAGGAGGGAGGGAGCGACAGCAACAAAAGUGCAGGCAAAGAAAAAAAGAUUGCUUCACAAGAAAGACGCCAAUCAAACAUUAGCUCCUCCUGCCGCGGAUUAUAAAGGAAAUGCACAGAACUGGAACAGAACAGAGGGGGUACUCUGUUAGGGAAGAAAAUACACAUAGGUGGAACCCAUAAAUCCGCGAGUUCUGGAAGUUUAGCUAGUCAUACAUAUCUUUUAUUAUUUUAUAUUUAAACUGUACGCGCAACAAAGAUGACCACGGCUGUGGUAUCGCCUUUCUUCGACUUCAGCGAAGUGAUAAACAAGAAUAGCAAAAUGCUCAACUACAACAACAACAACGUGGUUGGCACACCCCACCUGAUGUCCGUACCCUGUACGGGUGCCAACCACCCCACCUCCACCGGGGCCCUGCUGGACAGGAAGGCGGUGGGGACGCCCUCUGUGGGAGGGGCCUACCAGCGCCGGCAUUCCGUCACGCUUCCCAGCUCGAAGUUCAACCAGAACCAGUUCCUCAACAGCCUAAAGAUGGACGCCACGCUGUCCUCGGGCGGCGGCGGCGGCGGCGGCGGCAGCAACAACAAGGAGAACCGAUUCCGCGAACGCUCCUACUCCGAGACCGGCGAGCGGCUGCUGCAGAAGUGCAGCAACGGCGGCGGCGGCGGCGGCAACGGCCAGGUGAACUCCAGCCGCUACAAGACGGAGCUGUGCCGGCCCUUCGAGGAGAACGGCACCUGCAAGUACGGCGACAAGUGCCAGUUCGCCCACGGCAUCCACGAGCUGCGCAGCCUCAGCCGGCACCCCAAGUACAAGACGGAGCUCUGCCGCACCUUCCACACCAUCGGCUUCUGCCCCUACGGCCCGCGCUGCCACUUCAUCCACAACGCCGAGGAGCGCCGGGGGCCCCCUCCGCUCUCCUCCUCCAACAAGAUGGAGCGCCCGCGCCUCCACCACAGCUACAGCUUCGCCGGGUUCUCCAGCCUGGGCAACCCGCAGGACAGCCCCACCUCCGUCACCCCUCCGCCCAUGUUCUCGGCCGAGGACCUGUCCGAGUGGCCCAGCAACCCCUUCACCUACUCCAGCCAGGAGCUGGCCAGCCUGUUCUGCCCCAGCCUGGGGGUGCCGCCGAGCGCCGACCCCUCCGUCCAGGCCCCGCCCUCCCCUACCACGCCUUACUACUUCAGGCCCAUGUCGGAGUCGCCUCAGAUGUUUGAGGCGCCCCCCAGCCCCCCGGACUCCCUCUCUGACCAGGAGGGCUACCAGAGCAGCUCGGGGAGCCUGAGUGGCUCGGAGUCCCCCAUCCUCGACACCAACCGCCGGCUCCCCAUCUUCAGCAGACUCUCCAUCUCAGAUGAAUAAACACCCUCCUCCCGCUCCCCCUGCACACACACACACACACACACACACACACACACACACACAUGCAUACAAACACACACAUGCCUGAGAUGGAGACAUUGUAAGACAAAUUGGCACUCCCCUCUACCUCCAGUCCUGCCUGGUUUUCCUUGUGCCUAACCCUAACCCCUACCCUUGGCCUUGUUUACAUGCUGAUAAAUGGGAUGGAUUUAGUCUCCAUACAAUUUUUAUGUAUUUUUUUGCCAGAGAGUGCCAGAAUAGAUUAAAGGUUUUCUUCAUAGGUUCACUUCCCCUUUGGAGUAGUGGUCAGAGACCCCUAUCGGUCCCCCUUUAAACCCCCCACAAAAAACACACACACACACAUCCCCACAUAACUGUACUUCCAAAAGGACACUCAUUGAAUUAAGGGAACUAUUUUUUUUUCUUCUAAAAACAAACAAACAAAAUAGAAAAAGACCUUUCUUGACAUCCCACCCCCCCCCCCCCCCCCACACACUCUCGUCCAGUUUACUGUCCCCAGCCUCCUCCCCACCGCCCCCCCACCCCCGCCAUCCCAUUUGUGUGACAGUGCCAAAAAAGAAAGAGAUGGAAAGAAGGCAUGAGGACCGUGCUGGAAAGGUGUUGGACUGAGACUCGGGCCGCGCGCCGGCUGUCUUUCUUCUUCUCGACGUGUAGCAGUGCAGGAGGAGCAGUGGCCUGGGGGGAAAGAGAAUUUAAGAAGAAAUAAAAAAUCACGCUCUCUACCAGCCAAGCUUGAUGCUACCACUGAGGCCUCCUUCUUGAGCAAGAGGAAGCAUGCUCAGAAAUGCACAUUUACAACUACAGCCUUAUCUUCGAGUGUAGUUUAAAAAAAGAAAAGCAAAAAAAAAAAAAAAAGUUAAAGGACAAAUGAACAUUUUAAAGUGCCUGGGGGUUUGUCCUGCGUGUGCCGGGGCAAGUGGACUGCGGUUUCCUUUUUUUACUUUUUGUCGGUAGCUUUCUUUCUUCCAUCCAUCCGAGAGCUCUGCCCUGUCUUUUUGCGAGUUGUGAAAAUAAAAGGAAGGCUUGCAGGAAAGACUUCACUUUGAGAUUCACGUAAGAUUGGGCUCCGGUAUCAGCCAGGAAGAGACGCGUUUUUUUUUUUUUUUUGGUGCUACGGGCUUCAAUCCACCACCCGAGAACAUGGGACGAGGCCUUAACAAAGCAAGCAAGCAAACAAACAAAAAAAAAAAAGGAGAAGAAAGAAAAACAAGAAAGAUUAAAAGUAUGCCGUUUUCCUCCUGUUGCUGGUCACUGUAUAUUGGGAAGGGAAACUUGAUGUGUAAACUUUUAGUACGUUCAGAUUUCUGACCCCCCCCCCCCCCCCCCCCCCCCAGCUCCGUAAAGCUCUGCAUGCCCAUUGGCCAGCCGCGGGACGUGCCUGAACUCGUGAGGUGCUGCUUGCCCACCUGCGCACUCUGAUGGGAACACUGAAACAUCGCUCUCCCCCUAGAUUCCAUUUUUUGGAGCACUUUGACCCGCCUGUGUCUCCUCCUGUUUUUUUUUGUUCCAUUUUUUUGAUUCGUUAUUAUUAUUAUUAUUAUAUUAUUACUGUUAUUGUUUGGAGAAAAAAACUUUCAGAAACGGAAGGUUUUGCUUGUCACUGCUUAUUUAACUUAUCAAAAAACGUAUUUAUUGCUGAUCAUAUGCAUUUUUUUUGUUAAUUUUGUUUGUAUUUAUCUGGAUAAUGAAACGAUAGAAUAUAUUUUCUUUUAUGUUAAAUUAUGAUCUUCCGUAUUAAUCUAAAGAUUGUGAAGACUUUUGUCAUUUUCCUUUUUUUCACAGUUUAAUAUAUUAUACUACAAUGACUUUCGUUUGCAACUACACAUUGUUUAAAUGAAACUUAAUUUAAAGCAAAAAAAAAAUGCAAAAAGAGUUAUGCGUUUUUGAUUAUUUAUUGUAGUUUUUGUUUCUUUUUUGUUCUUUUUUUUUUUUGCUCUUCUCUUGUUGGACUGCAAUUUCAGGAUCUUUAGUACUGCCUUGUAUCAUUCCUCCAUUUUGACCUUUUUUAGAGCCUACAAACUAUGUUGCCUUGACAGUAACAGUUCUUUCCUGUUAUUUCCUAAAUGUUUUUCCUUAACGAAUAUCCACUGUUUUAAUCCCCGCCAACCCCCACCCCCAACAAGAACACGCCAGCUGGUUCCUCAUUGGUUACUUAUGAUCCUUCAGUGGGUUCUCAUUGGCCCCUUUCAAUCUCAGCAACAUUCCAUGACCUUUCUUACUAUGGCUGUGAAAAUUGGCAUAGUGGUCCAUAAGGGGCUCGUUGUCACAAUGUUGUGAGCCAAGAUGGGUACCUUCCUCACAAAGGGAUCUUCUUGAUUUGGGGGAGGGUCUAAAAU